CCACCUUCUCAAGUUGCAGCGGUGAAUGGUGAGAGAGAAUCCUGCUCUUCACCAAAGAUAGCAGCGUCGCCGAGCCCCGCGCUAGACCUGGAUGCUGGCAUCAUCACACUCCCCAAACGGACCCACGACGCGAAAACUUGACAGGACAACAAUGGCGCACGCCUGGGGGGCCGAAUCCGUGCUCGCGGCUCGUCUACUGGAGCGAAGAACAGAAGGCGGUCGAUGUGACAUGCACUCGCACGCUGCUGAUGAGUUUAUUGUUCUGGUCCUGUAGGCGCAGAGAGAGGCGCUUCUCUCGAGAAGAAGAUGUUGAGCCGAUUUAUGAGUGGAAGCAUCAGAAACCUGGAGAGGGAAUACAACUGCACGGUCAGACUUCUGGACGAUACGGAAUAUACGUGCACCAUUCAGCGCGAUGCAAAAGGCCAGUAUCUGUUUGACCUCAUCUGCCACAACCUCAAUUUGUUGGAGAAAGACUAUUUUGGCAUCAGAUAUGUGGAUCCAGACAAGCAACGGCACUGGUUGGAGUUCACAAAAUCAAUUGCUAAGCAAAUGAAAUCUCAACCUCCAUUCACCAUGUGUCUGAGAGUCAAAUUCUACCCUCCUGAUCCUGCUGCUCUCAAAGAGGAGAUCACUCGAUAUCUUGUCUUCCUGCAAAUCAAGAGAGACCUCUAUCAUGGUCGUCUCCUGUGUAAAACCUCGGAUGCGGCCAUGCUCGCUGCCUACAUCCUUCAAGCUGAGAUCGGCGAUUAUGACCCUGGAAAGCAUCCUGAAGGUUACAGCUCCAAAUUCCAAUUCUUUCCUAAACAAUCAGAGAAACUGGAGCGGCGGAUAGCAGAUAUCCACAAGACAGAGAUGAUCGGACAGACACCUGAAACCUCAGAGCGAAAUUUCCUGCAAAAAGCUCAGAUGCUGGAAACAUAUGGUGUUGAUCCACAUCCCUGCAAGGAUGUGUCUGGGAACCCUGCUUUUCUCGCCUUCACGCCGUUUGGUUUUGUUGUGCUUCAGGGAAACAAGAGAGUUCAUUUUCUCAAAUGGAACGAGGUGACCAAGCUCAAGUUCGAGGGCAAGACUUUUCACAUAUAUGCAAAUCAGAAGGAGGACAAAAAGAUUAUCUUGACAUACUUUGCACCCACACCGGAGGCUUGCAAACACCUUUGGAAGUGUGGAGUGGAGAAUCAAGCGUUUUACAAGCUCGAGAAGUCGAGUCAAGUUCGCACCGUAUCCAGCAGCAACUUAUUCUUCAGGGGCAGCCGUUUCCGCUACAGUGGAAGAGUGGCAAAAGAGGUGAUGGAGCGGAGUGCCAAAAUCAAACGUGAGCCUCCAGAAAUACACAGGGCUGGCCUUGUGCCCAGCAGAAGUUGCCCAUCUAUCACCCAUGGGCCUAGGCUCAGCAGUGUACCACGCACACGUCGGAGAGCUGUGCACAUAUCUAUCAUGGAGGGACUGGAGUCGCUGCGGGACAGUGCUCACUCCACACCUGUGCGCUCCGUGUCCCAUGGGGAGUCCUUCAUGCCUCGCUGUCGCAGUCAGGCCACUGAAGAGGCGGUUAUCUCUGAUGAAGCCUACAGCCCCUCUGACAGCGUCCUUCCAACCCCGGUGGCCGACCACAGCGUUGAGCUUUCCGUCUCACGGCAAAUCAACGGUGCUCCUUGCAGCAUUGAAGAGGAGAAGGAGUCGGAAGCGGGAACCCCACAGCAGGAGGAAAGGGGGGAUUUUGGUGCGGAAGGUAAAUCUGUAAAGGAGGGCUCAGACUCUGCCCUCAGCGAGGUGGAGCAGGUGAAUAAGUUUGUCUUAAGCGUCCUCCGUCUGCUCCUCGUGACCAUUGGACUCCUCUUCGUCCUGCUCCUCCUCCUCAUCAUUCUCACAGAAUCUGAUCUUGAUAUUGCUUUUUUGAGUGACAUCCGCCAAACCCCUGAAUUUGAACAGUUUCACUUUGAGUACUUUUGUCCGCUCAGACGGUGGUUCGCCUGCAAGCUCCGCUGGGUGGGUGGGCUGCUCAUCAACAACUAAAACUAUGGGGUCAGUAAACCUGCACUCGGGACAGAGGAACACCUACAUCUCUGGAGGGGCGGAGGGCAGCCUUACCCCAGCCACAAACCCUGCUUCUUUCAUCCAUCUCUUUCAGGCAGACAGUUUGGACCAGCAGGAUGUUUACCCCAAAACACUUUGCCUUCCCUCCAAAAACUCUUCCUUGUUUACCCACAAGCCUUUUUUUCUUUCUUUUGCUUUCAGAUUUCAGACUUUUUACUUCAUUUCAGGUAUUAUUUUUUCAAAUUACAAUAAAAAGGAACUGAAUUUUUUUUACACAAAAAUAACUUUUGCAACAAAAGAAUACUGUCUUUAAUGUUAUUAUUAUUAAUAUUUAUUACUUUUGAACUGCAAUGGCAUAAGAGAAUGAGAGGCGUCAACUAAAGGGAAAUUAAGGAAGUUGAUGCAUUUUUAUGAAAGGGAAAUGAGGUUUUGUGAGCGUCAGAGGAAUAGCUGCUAAGAAAGAGUCAAAAGGUUGCAAUGUCUUCUAAAUCCAAGAAAAGAGCAGGCUAACGUUUUUAGAAAAAGAACAAAAAAAUGCAACAAGAACUAGAUAGAUAGGGUUUGUGAAACUGGACACAGAUAGGGUGAAAUCUCUUUUGAAAGAAUAUGAUAACUGUUUAGGCUUUUCUGGUUUUUAAAGACAUCUCAACAUCAAUGUAGUGAUAAAAAGGUUAAACUUAGACAUCAAAAUAGUUCUUUAUUUUCUAAAGAUUCAGUGAAGUAGUGUGUGAUGAAUAAAGAAGAGCUGGUGGCCAUCAAAAAUUAACUGACACCUAUAGAUAAUAGCCUAAAUAGAUGUGCAAUGCUGGUAUGAUUAUAUUUACUUUAAAUGUGCUCAUUGCUUCAUGUUUUUUUUUCUAUCAAGCUUAUUUAAUUAGUUUUGAAAUUCAAUGAAUUUCAAAAAUUUGUACGAAUGAAGAGUUUGAUCUAUUUUUGGUUUAAUAUCAACCUCUUCAGUUUAUGUAUCAUACUGUAUGAUCCAUUUUAAGUACUGCUAGAAUAAGAGUAAUGAUGUACUUUUGUACAAAUUAGUUUGUUUCCUAAUAUAUAUAUUGCAAGUUUUUCAUGUAUAUUUUAACAGAAGGGAAAUAUUAUUUUGUUAUGGAAGACUAAACAUUUUACCUUUUUUAGCGUGUUGUUUCAAGAGAAGUCGGAAGAAUUUCUGAAAGUGGGGGCUUUUAUUCAGAUCCACUCAGAAGUGAUCCAUAUCCCAUCGACAUCAGCUUUAAGUCAGCCUUUGCUCUAUUUGCUGCAGUCAAUGAUCAUUUAAAUGUAAAAUUCCAUUAGAUAAAGUACUGAUCAAUCAAAACUGGUCUAAAAGCAAUUUAAAAACAAAUUUUGUUACUUGAAGUCAAGACGAAGCUGACCCACAAAAGCCCACUAACAGAAUAACAUGUACUUGACAACAUAACCGGAUUUGUAUAAAAAACAUGUUUAAUUAGUGAAUCAAUUAAAAAUGGUCCUAUAAAGAAAAUGUCAAACUUAAGCUUGUGAGGUUUAUAAUGUGCUUUCAUCACUUUAUUUACCGGUAUGUAUUUUUCAGAUUAAAAAAUGGCAUUGGUUCCACAUUUAUAUAAAAUGAUAUCUCACAUUUUGUUUAUAUUGUUUAAUUUCCAAAGCAAUAAGGGUCAUGGCUGUUGGAUUCUGGGUAAAGUCCUCUUUUGUUAUUUUUUCAUUUUUUGUAUUGCAUUUACAUCCUGCAGGUAGUGCAGGUAUAUCUUCUGGUGUGUUUGUGAGUAGGAAUGGAAAGAAGAUGCAAAGCAGAACAGGAUGAAAUUGGGAAAGCUUUACAAAAUAAUAGAAAAAAGAAAAGAAAAAAAAAAAG